AGGAAGGCCCCAGGUCCGGCGUUACUCUCCGACCGGGCGACACAGGCCAAGUCACCUCCUCGCCUGUGCCCGGGUGUCCUCAUCGGGGGAUGGGUCCGCCUUCCACAUCCUGCCCAGGACUGAAGGAGCCGGGCCCAGCGAGCUCCCGGGAGGCGCGUGGACAUCAGGCGUGUGGCGGGGAAGGCGAGCCAGACCAGUGGGCCUGAGCAGAGGCAGGGCAGCGGGAGGCUGGGAGGCGCUGUUGAGCCACGGGCUGUGACCACACUACGAGCCUCGGAGCAGGGCCCUUCCUGCCUCAGUGGGCCCAACCAGCGGCAAGGCUUAAAGGAAUGCCCCUCCUCCCCUUCCCUCCUGGCUGCACCCACUCGCUGCCGCCUGCAGGACAGACUCAGGACACAGGAGACUCACCCCCACUGAGGCCCAGAUAGGCGCCCAGCCCUUGGCCGGGCGGUUUGGCCACAUCCCCUCAGCAGCACUGUGAGGUGGGGGUCCUCAUCCCCAUUUCAAAGACGGGGAAACUGAGGCUUGUGAAGGAAGGAGGUGUGCAGUGCACGCACUAGUGAGAGGUGUGCUGAGCCUGCACCGAAACCGUUUCUAUCCAAGGCACCAGCUGCCUCGGAGAGCGGAGACCUGGGAUGAGGCCCAGAGGGCUGCAGCAGGACCUUCAGGUGCUCUGGGUUUUGUGUCACAGAGGGGAGAAGGUGGCGAUGCUAUGAGUGUCCUGCGGGAGCUGCGCCUGGAGGUGGGACAGAGUCUAGUACAUGUGGAGUGGGACAGAGCCUAGUACAUGUAUGGUGGGACAGGGAAGGCUGAGGUGAGGCUGGCAGGGAGCAUUGCUGGUAAGGGCCACCCUCCCCCACUCCAGGCGAAUGGCAGAGGUGGGGCCUGGGCACCCAGGGUGGGGCUGAGCGGCCCUGCCAGACAGACCAGCUCCUGCAGGUGCUUGGCAUGCACCUGAGAGGGGCUGGGAAGCGAGGUUGGGGCACUGGGUGGGGAGCAGAGGUGCCCCAUGGCCUUGCCCCUGAGGCUCCCUGGAGCAUGCCCCUCUUGGUCCUGGAGUGGAAUGCGCAACCCAAAUGGCAUCAGGGAGGCCAGUGCCAUCCAGGAGUGUGGGACUUUGCCCAGGGCAUUGGGUGAGCAUGGCAGGAGCUGGGGGUGGGAGGAGCCCGGGCUUCCUGUCCCUCAGGCGGCUCUGGCCAAGCCCCUCCAGGAUGGGGACAGGGUAGUGGGGCUGGUGGAGGCAGCAGGGCCAUGGGAAGAGUCUGAUGGACCCAAUCUGAGCCCCCAUGGCUGCUGUGGUUGGGGCAAACACCUCCUACUCAGCCUCAGUUUCUCCUUCUGGAUGGUGGGUCAUCCUGCCUGCCUUGCCGGGCUGUUUCAGGGGUCACUUGAAGUUACCGUGAUACAUGAGACAAGGCUGCAUGCAUUUCAUUUUGGGGUGGGUCAGACAGGUGGCGUCAUGGUUACAGGUCACCCCAGUUCUCGGGGAGGCCCAGCCCCUGCCUGCUUCCCCCUUUCCGGUCAGUCAUGGUCUUCUCCAGUGGACUUGGUCUUGCUUUGACAAUGGUCAGGUGCUGGGAGGGGACUUGGGGGAGGCUCAGGUCUUGCCUCUCUGGAUGUAGCUUGCAGGACAGCUGGGGAUGUGGAGGCAGGGGGAGAGCUGGGCUCUGGGACCAGAUGACCUGAGUUCCAAACCCAAGCUGUUCGCCAUAGGGACAGUUUAAGCCAAAAUAACACCCUUCCAGAUGAGAGAAAGGAAGAGAUGGGAUGGGCACCCAGGAAGGCUGCAGAGACUGGAAGCUUUUGUGAUGAUGCUAUCAUCCCAUAUGGGAGCGGGCAGAGGGGGUGGGAGCCAGGAAGCCUGGGUUCUGGACCCUAGUUGCUGUGUGACUUCAGGCAGCCCUGUGACUUGCUGAGCCCCUUGCCCCCAGUGAUGUGUGAAAGGCUCUCUGAGGUCCCACCCACUGUGGCUUCUGUAGACCCUAGUCAGGCUCUGCCCGCUUCGUGGCCCAGCUGGAGCAGCUGUGUUUCUGUGACCCCACCGCUGGAUCAGAACUGGGCAAGAUGGCAGAGGGGCUGGGUCUGGGCAGGGGGAGGCAGGUCUCAGGCCAACUUCUGGUGUUCUAGACCCCGGCAUGUCCCUGACCUUUCUGGACCUCUGUUCCGCUCUGUCCAAAGGGACAGAGCACAUUCCCCGCCUCUUCCCUAGGGUCCCGUGGGAUCCAGGGAGGUGUUCACUCCCUGCUUCCUGCCUACAGAGUGGGCUGUCAGGGAAGGAUUUGCCCAAAUAAAGUGAAGGCCCCCCUCUGUGUGGCAGGCUUGGCGUCCUCGGCCUCUUCCCUGCUUCUGGGACUGUGAAGUAUUGGAAGGGAAGCUGUGUGUGGUGAGAUGCUCAUGGCCAAGGAGGGAGUAUGGUUGUUGGUGCUCAUCUGGGCCAGGAGAUGAGCAGAGCCCUGGUGGUCUAAUGGGUGAAACAGACUGAGUGUACUCAGUGCAGCCAGCACAGCUGUGUGCUCCGGCCUGGGAGCCAGGGCCGGUCCAUGGUGACCACUGAUGCCUUCACCCCCACCCCACAGGAGCCUGCAGGCCUGAGCCAGGGUGAUGCUGAAGAUGAUGACCUUCUUCCAAGGCCUCUCGGGACAUCAGCCUGUGCAGGGCACCCUCGACUUCCCCAGAAGCCCCCAAAAGUUGCCGUCCACAUCAGAGGCAGAGUCAGAGACCUCCAUGUCAGUGGCCUCCUCUGAGGACCUGGUGCCGCCCCUGGAGGCUGGGACAGCCCUAUACAGGGAGGAGGAAAAGACAGUGAAGAAGAAGAAGGAGAAGAAGAAGAAGUCCAAAGGCCUGGCCAAUGUGUUCUGCGUCUUCACCAAAGGGAAGAAGAAGAAGGGUCAGCUCAGCUCAGCGGAGCCCGAGGGCACAGCCAGGUCCAGGCAGGGGCUGGAUGGCCCGCCCCCAACAGUGGAGGAGCUGAAGGCGGCGCUGGAGCGCGGGCAGCUGGAGGCGGCUCUGCCGCUGCUGGCGCUGGAGCGGGAGCUGGCGGCGGCGGCGGCGGCGGGCGGUGCGAGCGAGGAGGAGCUGGUGCGGCGCCAGAGCAAGGUGGAGGCGCUGUACGAUCUGCUGCGCGACCAGGUGCUAGGCGUGCUGCGGCGGCCGCUGGAGGUGGCGCCAGAGCGGCUGCGCCAGGCGCUGGCCGUGGUGUCGGAGCAGGAGAGCGAGGACCGCCAGGCGGCGGCGGCGGCGGCGGCGGCAGCGGCGGCAGGGCCGGGGACCUCGGGACUGGCGGUCACGCGCCCGCGGCGCUGGCUGCAGCUGUGGCGUCGAGGUGUGGCAGAGGCGGCCGAGGAGCGCAUGGGCCAGCGGCCGAACGCGGGCCCCGAGGUCCCCGAGAACGUCUUUUUGCACUUGGGCCGCACCAUGAAAGAGGACCUGGAGGCCGUGGUGGAGCGACUGAAGCCGCUGUUCCCGGCCGAGUUCGGCGUCGUGGCGGCCUACGCCGAGAGCUACCACCAGCACUUCGCGGCCCACCUGGCCGCCGUGGCGCAGUUCGAGCUGUGCGAGCGCGACACCUACAUGUUGCUGGUCUGGGUGCAGAACCUCUACCCCAAUGACAUCAUCAAUAGCCCCAAGCUGGCGGGUGAGCUGCAGGGUGUGGGGCUCGGGAGCCUCCUGCCCCCCAGACAGAUCCGGCUGCUGGAGGCCACAUUCCUGUCCAACGAGGCGGCCAAUGUGAGGGAGCUGAUGGACCGAGCUCUGGACCUAGAGGCACAGCACUGGGCUGAGGAUGUGCCUCCCCAGAGGCUGGACGGCCACUGCCACAGCGAGCUGGCCAUCGACAUCAUCCAGAUCAUCUCCCAGGCCCAGGCCAAGGCCGAGAGCAUCACGCUGGACUUGGGCUCACAGAUAAAGCAGGUGCUGCUGGUGGAGCUGCCUGCAUUCCUGAGGAGCUACCAGCGCGCCUUUAGUGAAUUUCUGGAGAGAGGCAAGCAGCUGAGGAAUUACAGGGCCAAUGUCAUUGCCAAUAUCAACAACUGCCUGUCCUUCCGGAUGUCCAUGGAGCAGAAGUGGCAGGUACCCCAAGAUACCCUGAGCCUCCUGCUGGGCCCCCUGGGUGAGCUCAAGAGCCACGGCUUUGACACCCUGCUCCAGAACCUGCGUGAGGACCUGAAGCCGCUGUUCAAGAGGUUCACGCACACCCGCUGGGCGGCCCCCAUGGAGACGCUGGAAAAAAUCAUCACCACCGUGGACGUCAGGCUGCCUGAGUUCUCAGAACUGCAGGACUGUUUCCGGGAGGAGCUCAUGGAGGCCGUGCACCUGCACCUGGUGAAGGAGUACAUCAUCCAGCUCAGCAAGCGGCGCCUCGUCCUCAAGACCGCUGAGCAGCAGCAGCAGCUGGCUGGGCACAUCCUGGCCAAUGCUGACACCAUCCAGCACUUCUGCACCCAGCACGGCUCCCCGGCGACCUGGCUGCAGCCUGCUCUCCCCACGCUGGCAGAGAUCAUUCGCCUGCAGGACCCCAGUGCCAUCAAGAUUGAGGUGGCCACUUACGCCACCUGCUACCCUGACUUCAGCAAAGGCCACCUGAGCGCCAUCCUGGCCAUCAAGGGGAACCUAUCCAACAGUGAGGCCAAGAGCAUCCGGAGCAUCUUGGAUGUCAGCACAGGGGCGCAGGAGCCCUCCAGGUCCCUAUUUUCCCUUAUAAAGGUUGGUUAGCUUUUUCUGUGGCCUGACCUGCUUGUGAGUGCCCAGCACACCCCACUGGGAGCUGUUAAGAGCAGCACUGGCUCUCGGCUCCUCCCGGGUCUCCUGUGCUCUGAUGCUGCUUCUGCCUAGCCCUGGCGGAGGUGCAGACCCUGUCAGCUGGAACUGGACAGACCUUGGUUUGUUUACAUGUCCGAUGGGGGCAGGAGCUCCCAUUACGGGCAGCCAACCAGGUAACACCAAGGACUCUUUGUAAACAAUAGCUGAUCGUGUACACGCAAGCAAAGAACCAGGAGGGAGAGUGUGCCAGGCUCAGGAAUCCCCGGCCACCUCUGUCCAGGGCCCCUCCACCAUCAGCCUCAUGACUGUCCUCCUGGCGGGUGGGGACGAGGGCCCUCUCCGGCUCCCUGGAGACAGGGGCCGAGCCUCACCCGUCUGCCCUCUGCAGCCCAGGCCGCCGUGAGCUGGGUUCAGCAAGGCUGGAAUGGAAGACAGAACUGGAAGAGAACAAAGGAAAAGAUGAACUCUUAUCUGGCAGGGGCCUGUGGGGUCUUGUGUUGUGGCCACUGCCAGCAUUAGAUGUCAUGUCCAGAUGGCCCCACGGCCCCUACUGGCUGACCCUGCAAUGGGGCCCUGAGCCCUCCCUCUUCAUCCCCCAAGGCCUCAACCAGAGGGUGGUCCCCCAAGACCUUGGUGUCCACUACAGAAGGGCCCAGGACCUCCUGGGUCAUCUCAGGCUCCCGCUUCCCAGAGGCAAGGACAGGCCCUGGGGGUGUCUCUGUCGGCCCUGCUACCCAGAAGUCUGGCUGAGGUCUGGGCAGGGGCAGGGCAAGCUUGACCUCUCACCUCUGACCCUUUGGCCUCUGUAUUUAUUUCCUAUUGCCGUGACAGGUUUCCACAAACUUUGUGGAUCAAAACUUGGUCUUCCAGUUCUGCGGGUCAGAAGGCUGACCCGGGUCUAAAAUCUGGGUGUCGGCAGGCCUGCGCUCCUGGAGGCUCUAGGGGAGAAUUGAUUUCUGGCCUUUUCAUUUUUCGAGGCUAUCCAUACUUCUUGACUUCAGGCUCCUUCAUCUUCAGAGCCAGCUGUGGGUGGUUGAAUCUUUUUCCCAUCACCUCAUUGAGGCCUCCCCUCUCCUGCCUCCCUCUACCACUUUUUUUUUUUUUUGAGACAGGGUCUUGCUGUGUUGCCCAGGCUGGAGUGCAGUGGCCUGGUCAUGGCAUCAAGGCUCACUGUAGCCUGGACCUCUGAGUUCAAGUGAUCCUCUUGUCUCAAUCCCCUGAGACAAUCCCCCACGCCCAGCUACAUACUUUCUGUGGAUACAGGAUCUUAUUCCGUUGCCUAGGAUUGUCUGGAACUCCUGGGCUCAAGCCAUCCUGUAGCCUUAACCUCCUAAAGUGCUGGGAUCAUAGGCAGGAGCCACUGCACCCGGCCUGCUCUGCCGCUUUUAAGGACGCUUGUGAUCGCGUUGCGCCUACCCAGAGAACCCAGGUCAUCUUUCUAUUUUAAGGUUAGCUGAUUAGCCACCUUAGUUCCAUCUGCAACUUUAAUUCCCACUGGCUGUGUAACCUAACAUGGUCACGGGCUCUGGGGACUGUCACAUGGACAUCUUUGGGAGGCUGUUCCUCUGCCCACCGGAGCCUCCGUUCAUCCCCUGCCCUGCAGAGCACCUGGCUGUACCCCAGGAAAAUGUGAGCUCGUUUUCCUGCUCGGCCUGUGCUACCCCUAAGGCCCUGCUCCUCCCUGGGCCUGAAAGUUCCUUCUCAGCCCGACAGGGGGCCCUUCAGACUCAGGCUUGACUCAGCCCUGCUGAUGCCUCUGCAGGGCUGAGGCUGGGUUUCCGUUGGGCUCUCUUGGCUCCGUCCCCUUUCCCCAGGUACUGGCUUACAAAGCUGUGGCCAGAAACUGGCCCGUAUAGAUGAUGCCCAAGGUCUUUGUACAUUUGUAGGAGUUCGUGUGUUUGAUAUUGUUAAUAUAAUAAUUAUUUUUUAUAGUACUGCUUUUGUAUGUAUGUUAAACAGGGUCCAGGUUUUUAUAGCUUGAUAUAAAACAGAAUUCAGAAGUGA